UUUAGGUGAUAACGUCGUGUUAAAAUGUUAAUGAUUUAUUAAUAAUCGUGUCCUGUUGAUAUUUUAUUUAAAUGUCUAAUAUAAAUGAAUAUUAAAUGAUAGGUGUAGUUUUUGUGGACCAGCCUAGAGUGGGCAGCUUUGGUUGCCACCUGUUCCCCCUCUUCCAUUUUGUAAGGAUAUGACUUCCUGCGCGCGACUUAGCUAAUUAGUGCGCGCGCGCUCCUGGGGGAAGGUGGAGGUUUGCUCGUCUCUGCCGCGCCGCUCAGAACUAACUUACGCAGUAGUAACUUUGCUAAAUGUUUUUCACACAGCUAACGCGCUUCAUGGCGCCAACGGACUCUCCAGAUGUCUGAGAGGGGAGAGGAAAGCGACGGCGGCGGGAGGGCGAAACGGUCGGAGUCUCCCUCGCCGCCUCUGUCUGUCAGUCUUCCCCGAGGAUUAUCACCCUCUCCGCGGACCCUGGACUUCUGCUCGUCCGCCUCUCCGCUGCUGGGGGACACGGACCCGCCUUACCUCGCCUCCUCGGAGUGUUUACACCCGUCUCCAGAGAGCCGGGAACUCGGAGUCUCCACACAUUUCACACCGCCAAAGUUCCGUGCGCGCACCGCGGACACCGUGUCAAGCUUCCGCUCGCGGCCAGAUGUGAGGAUAGAUGUGGGGUUCAAGCACUACGAUGACCCGCUGCCCAAGUGGAGAGGACGAGGCUCACCGAGCACCGAGCUCCUUCAGCACCGCGGACAGAGACCCCUCAGGGCCCCGGAGCUGUCGGACCACGGGAACCACUUCUCCAGCGAGCACAUAGACACUGACUUCACCUCAGAGUCACGGCAAUCGGUGGAAGCCAUCCAUCGCCGACACACCACGCUCAGAGAGAAGGGGCGUCGCCAGGCGGUGCGAGGUCCUGCUUAUAUGUUUAAUGAGCGUGGCUCCCCACUCACUGCAGAGGAGGAACGAUUCCUGGAUGCUGCAGAGUAUGGAAACAUUCCUGUGGUGCGAAAGAUGUUGGAGGAGUCCAAAACUCUAAACUUUAACUGUGUGGACUACAUGGGCCAGAAUGCUUUGCAGCUUGCGGUGGGUAAUGAGCACCUGGAGGUGACUGAGCAGCUGCUAAAGAAAGACGGCUUGGCGAGGAUUGGCGAUGGCCUCCUUUUGGCUAUCUCUAAAGGUUACGUUCGAAUCGUUGAAGCCAUUCUCGCUCAUCCAGCUUUCGGUGGAGGUCUCCGGCUGGCUCUGAGCCCCCUGGAGCAGGAAAUGAGAGAUGAUGACUUUUAUGCCUAUGACGAAGAUGGGACGCGCUUCUCACACGACAUCACUCCCAUCAUCCUGGCAGCUCACUGCCAGGAGUAUGAGAUCGUUCACAUCCUGCUGACCAAGGGGACCCGCAUAGAAAGGCCUCAUGACUACUUCUGUAAGUGUUCAGAGUGUGUGGAGAAGCAGAAGAAAGACUCGUUCAGCCACUCGCGCUCCAGGAUGAACGCAUACAAGGGUCUGGCCAGUGCAGCUUACCUGUCGCUCAGCAGUGAAGACCCAGUGCUCACUGCCCUCGAGCUCAGCAACGAACUGGCCAGACUGGCCAACAUUGAGACAGAGUUUAAGAAUGACUACCGAAAGCUGUCCAUGCAGUGUAAAGACUUUGUUGUGGGGGUGCUGGACCUUUGUCGAGACACAGAAGAAGUGGAGGCCAUACUGAAUGGAGACGUGGACCAGUGCCCACCUAGCCCGUACAACCGACCCUGCCUCAGUCGAGUCAAGCUGGCCAUCAAAUACGAAGUCAAAAAGUUUGUAGCUCAUCCCAACUGCCAGCAGCAGCUGCUGACGAUCUGGUAUGAAAACCUGCCCGGUCUGAGGCAGCAGUCCAUUGGUGUGAAGUGCUGGACCGUCCUCGGGGUAACAGUAGGUCUGCCCUUCCUGGCCAUCGCCUACUGGAUAAUGCCGUGUAGCAAGAUUGGUCAGAUCCUGCGGAGCCCGUUCAUGAAGUUUGUGGCCCACGCUGUGUCCUUCACCCUCUUCCUCGGCCUGCUGGUCAUCAAUGCUUCAGACCGCUUUGAGGGUGUGAAGAACCUGCCCAAUGAGACCAUCACAGACCACCCUCGACAGGUGUUCAGGGUGAAAACCACCCAGUUCUCCUGGACAGAGAUGCUGAUCAUGAAAUGGGUGUUGGGCAUGAUUUGGUCUGAAUGUAAGGAGAUCUGGAGCGACGGCCCCAGAGAGUACAUCAUGCACCUUUGGAAUGUUCUAGAUUUCGGCAUGUUGUCGAUCUUUGUGGCAUCCUUCACGGCACGUUUGAUGGCAUUCCUCAAGGCAUCCAAAGCCCAGCAGUAUGUGGACAUGCACGUACCAGAUGACGACCUCAGCAAUGCCUCACUGCCAGAUGAAGUAGCUUACUUCACUUAUGCCAGAAACAAGUGGCGCCCAUCUGACCCUCAGAUCAUCUCUGAGGGAUUGUACGCCAUCGCUGUGGUGCUGAGUUUCUCCCGCAUCGCCUACAUCCUGCCCGCCAACGAGAGCUUCGGCCCACUACAGAUUUCCCUGGGGCGAACUGUCAAAGACAUCUUCAAGUUCAUGGUCAUCUUCAUCAUGGUGUUUGUGGCCUUCAUGAUUGGCAUGUUCAACCUCUACUCGUACUACCUGGGAGCCAAGUACAACCCCGCCUUCACCACGGUGGAGGAAAGUUUCAAGACUCUAUUCUGGUCCAUCUUUGGGCUGUCUGAAGUGAUCUCUGUGGUGCUGAAGUAUGACCACAAGUUCAUAGAGAACAUCGGCUACGUCCUGUACGGAGUCUAUAACGUCACCAUGGUGGUUGUUCUACUCAACAUGCUUAUUGCUAUGAUCAACAGCUCAUACCAGGAGAUAGAGGAGGAUGCAGAUGUUGAGUGGAAGUUUGCCCGUGCCAAGUUGUGGCUCUCCUACUUUGACGAGGGUCGGACCCUACCAGCCCCAUUCAACCUGGUUCCCAGCCCCAAGUCCUUCUACUACUUGGUGUUCCGCAUCAAAUCGUGUCUGAUUCAUGUCUGCAAGGAGAACGGUCACCAUCGCAACAGUGAGGUGGAGUUGGGCAGGCUCAACUCACAGGCCAAGGAUGAGCGCUUUAGGUCCUACCCUCAAUCGGGAGAAGAGUUUGUCCACAUAAAAUCCAGACAACACCCAACCAGAUAUCAGAAUAUCAUGAAACGGCUGAUCAAGCGUUAUGUUCUGAAGGCUCAAGUGGACAAAGAGAGUGAUGAAGUCAACGAAGGCGAGCUGAAGGAGAUCAAGCAAGACAUCUCCAGCCUCCGCUAUGAGCUCCUGGAGGAGAAGUCCCAGGCCGCCGAAGAGCUGGCUCUGCUCAUUCAGCAACUCGGCGACAAGUUUGGCAAGAACACCAUGAGACACUGACAGAACCUGCAUCAAGAUGGGGGGAGGGAAGUUAGUGGUGAGGGCAGAAAGCUGCGCCAGGCCAAGUAGUCUUUCCGACCUCAAUAAGGAGUGAUGAAAUUAUGUUGUGGCGGUGGGAUGUUUACGAGUAGAAAAAGAAGAAAAGGUUAAAUUUACUAAAUCAAACCCAAGAGCUCUGUGUGCAGUGACCAAUUAGAGACAAGUGUGAAAACACAAGUGAGCAGGAGGUUAAACCAUCAGAGGUGGAGCAGACGUAACUGGAGGGACUUUGUGUUGACAGCUCAAUUUUAAUUAAAGGCAAAUCCUUUGGGGGAGAGAAGGAGACGGAGAGGCAGAAAGUGAUGACUGAGGAGGAGGAGAAGUAUGAGGAGAUAUGAAGAUGCACCACAGGGCACAGGAGCAAUGCAGCGCAGCAAUGAGGAGCCCCCUCAUCCACUGCCAGGCUAUGUCAGCGUACCAUCGAGUCGUCGGAGAGAGGAAAACCCAACCAGGCAAAGAGACACACGGAGAAGGACGGGCGAGAGCGAUAGCUCACAAAGUGCUGCUGGUGCUCACACCGGAGAGGCUCGCUUCUGUGUUUCCACUUAGUCGGAAAAAUAUCAGCGAUGCCUGUCGAGAUGAUGCAUACACCUUUAUACACCAGGCUGUCUAAUUAAUGCGGUUCCACACUUAAUACACAAGCGAUGGAGCGAGUCAGGAAAUUCAAGAUGGGUAGUAAUGCCUGAUUCAUGUGCUUGAGUGAAAGUCUUAAAGUAAGAAAAACUGCUGAGAAGGGAAACAAUCGUCUAAGGAAGGGUGACACUCCAGGUCCAAACCGAGUGUUUGCAGCUCUAAUUAAGCAUAAAAAUGACUUUAUUUUAAAUAAAAUCACUCCAGCUUCUCAUUUUCUUUAUGCUCCAUUAAACUUUACUGGUAAGAGUAACUUUUUAUAGAAAAACCCUCCAGAAUGCAACAUAAUUUCCCUCCUUCGUCUUUGUGUGAUAUUUAAAUGUCAUGCACAUGUGAACACCAGUGAUCCAACAUGGCCUGCAGAGCUUCUGUAUACGUUCUCCUCAUGGCUCCUAGUUGGUUAAACUAAUCUAUAAAAAUAUAACGUGCUCAAUAGAUUUCAUUUACAGCUUUAAUAUGCGGAAGGUCAGCGGUCAGGUCGAGCAACAGCAUUUGUUAGAUGAGAAUUUAUUUAUGUACGCAUUGAUUUGGCUGUAAAAUAUAGCUGUGUAGAGUCAAUUUAAUGGUUGUUUUCCAUCUGGAUACACAGUAUUAGGCAGGGUUCUGCUCAAAAUGUGGAGAUUUCAGCAGCAGGUUGACUGACAGGAGCAACAGUGCAACGGCAACAGCAGAAUGAUAGCUUUAACCUGAGAAAUAUGCAGUUUAAUCAGUGAAAUCUCAUCUUUUUUGGUGGUGCAAUCUGCCCUAGUGCACAGGUACAACCUAAAGAUGAUGAUGGCCUGUUGGAUCAGUCUUAUAAUUAUUUAUUUAUUUGUUUAUUAUGUGAAUGCAUUCUGGUUUUUAAGUUUGAAAACAAAAAUAAUAAAAAUGUAACUAAAAUCCGUACUUCUAAGCCUGUACUGACCGCGUUUACUCAAAACCAGCAACAAGGUGAACGACUGGUAAAGAAACAAACAGUGGACACGUUUGUACCUGACAUGGUCUGAUUGUUAUUAAAAAUCCGUUUUCAGACCUUCGCCCUGUUUUAUGAGACUGAGGGUGACUUAACAUGUUUUGUCUGAAUGAGUGAGCACUUGUGUUUCAGCUGAAGUUUCUCCGUGUAAAUUAACAUGACAUUUGUCUCGUUUUAAAGUCAUUACCGUGGUUUUAUUGUGAGUAAUAGGCCAGUCAGUCUUCUUGUUCAACAAGCUGAGGCAUUUCAAAGGGUGAUCAUUUGUCCGUAAUGCUAAAUGCAGUUGUGUCAUCAUGAAAAUGUAAAAUGUUGCUUCUAGAAGGUAAUUUUUCAUUUGCAAUCAUAGUUCAGAGAAUUACGUUUUACACAAAAGACUCAUGUUUAGGAUAUACUUUAUCUGUGUCCACAUGCUGGACAGCUAUCAUUUCAAUGGGGGGGGGGAGGAGGACCAUUUUCUUUAUGGACAGAAACGGGUUAAAGAGGAGCUUCACCGAGAAACCAUUUUUAACUUGUGUUUGAAAACGAUUGGUCAGUCUGAGUUUUUCAUGCAGGCUGAACAGGAAAAUAGUCUCCUACACCCGUCUCCUGCAUUAGCUUCUGAUAGACAAUAGAAACUCUAGGAUCUUAGCCAAUAAAUCUGUACAGACAGUGGCAGAAGCUAAAUGACUUAGUUCAAUUCAAUUCAAUUUUAUUUAUAUAGCGCCAAAUCAUGACAAGAGUCGUCUCAA